AUGGAAGUAGCGCAGUUGCUCAAAAAGAAUGGACAGUUGUUGACCAGUGUUCUGCCCGCUUUUUAUAGUUUUUUUUUCCCGAACUUCGUCAAUAUUGAUGGUGUUGUCGAUGAUGGUGAUGAUGAUAGUGAUGAUGCUGACCACCUAGUGGAUAUCAGCUUUCGGCACAACAACAGCAACAAGCUCAGCGAGGGAGCAGCAGUGGAACUCAUUCACCAAACCUCACUUGUUAUGCAGCUGAUGGUAAACGUAGUAGUAGCGCUUCUGCAGCUAGUGCUACAUCAGCUGGUGCUGCUAAUUCGGAGAAGCAUGAACGUGGACAGCUUGUGGAUUCCCAUUCUAAGCUCAAUGUAA